AACAACAGCAACAACAGCAACAACAGCAGCAACAGCAACAACAGCAACAGCAACAGCAGCAACAGCAACAGUAGCAACAGUCACAGCGAGUUUGGGCGAGUGGCGGUGGUGCUGGCUGGCGUCGACGGUACUGGUGCAGGUGACUUUGAGGCGAGAGGACAUAUUCGUUGGCCCCGUGCGUGGCAAACAGGGUUGAGACGCCGCCGCCGCUGCCGCUGCCGUGACUCUUUUUGAUCGCGCACACAAGCACAAGCACAAGCAGUUGUGUUGGUGCCGGCGUAGCGCGUGACACUCUCCCAAAGCCUUCGGGGUGGCGCAUGCCGAUGACUCAUCAGCGCACCCUUUCACCUGCGAUAUGGCCCAUGCUGUCUUCACCUAUGACGUUGGGGAUCUCGAACACGAAGAGGGCUUUGCUGACGAGGUGGAGCACACGGUCAUCAUAUUGGGCCGUGAGUUCAAAUUCAAGUACACAGACCAAGGCUCUCGCGACGAGAUACGCUCCCGCGCCUCUGCUUUUCUCUGGUUCACCUAUCGCAACUCGGAAUAUGCCAUUGGCGACUCGCCCCGCCACAAGACCGACCGCGGUUGGGGCUGUACUCUGCGCGUGGGUCAAAUGAUCGUCGGCGAGGCCUUGCAGCGAUGCCAUUGCCCGCGUGAUUACGACAAACUUUCAUAUCCCAGUGAAGCGGCCCGCAUGAGCAUCCUCAAGGAGUUUGAGGACCGGCCCGACCGCGUUCUCUCCGUUCAUGCCAUGGCCAUGCAGUCCAAGUUUGUUGGCAAACGCGCCGGCCAAUGGCAUACCCCUACCGACGUUGCGCAUGUCCUGCGGCUGGCUGUCAAUGAACAAGAAGCCAUGGGUCUACAGGUUCACGUGGCCAUGGAUAGCAUGGUCGUGCUGGACGAUCUACGCAAGCUUUUUCGGGCCGACCGCGCCACACUGCUAUUUGUGCCCCUGCGACUAGGCAUCGAUAUCGUUCAAGCCGAAAUGAUCCCGGCUGUCAAGCGCUUCUUUCAUUCACCCAGCGCCUUGGGAAUCAUGGGUGGACGACCGGGUGCUGCCCACUACUUUAUCGGAUACAUGGACCACAACCUGCUCUUGCUUGACCCCCACACCACACAAGACCCGCUACGCGCUGGGAGCCAGGAUGCCCUCGUCUCCUGCAGGUGUUCGCGGCCGAUGCUCCUUGACCUCGACAAGGUGGAUCCCACCAUGUGCUUGGCGUUUUUGCUCACCGAUGAAGAGAGUCUGCAGCGCUUCGCGGACGACUACAAUGCUUCAGUGGAAGAAACGGGUGUGCGCCUGUUCAGCAUGCUUGACACAAAAAGCUUUGCUUCGAGCGUCGCCGUCGCCUCCUCGCUUGCUGAGGAGGAGGAGUUUUCUGACGAUGACUUUGAAGUCAUUAACAUGAGCGCCAUGUCUUAGCUGCGCUUGCACGCUGCUUAAGCUUUUUACUCGUUGAGGAUACUUGGCCCCGGCCAGACCCGACACGAGCUGUGUGUGCCUGCCGGGAAAAGGCAAGAAGCUGAGGAGAACAUCCCAUCGUUGGUGGUUAUGCGAAUAGGUUACAGAAAACAGCGGCGCAAGGAUUCAAGGUGCUGAGUGAACAAACAGGUCUGCGUUGCAAUGUCCAAAAGUCUAGUCUAGCACAAGACCAUGGGCCGCUGCGUCGUGUUACAAUUGAAUGCUUUGGC